AUGCAAAUGUUUGCCCUGCUGGCUUCCACUGGCCUUCAGCACUUGAGCCACAACCUGUUGCCUGAAGCUUCUGAUAGGAGAAAUCUGUUAGAUAAUACAAACACUGGUGUGUGCACCUCGCUUCCAUUUCAAGCGGUGGCUGCCAUCGCUGCAGUCUCACCUCGUGCAUUAUGGGAGUUCCGCAGCAUGAUCAAAUGCACCAUCCCAGACAGCCACCCUCUGCUCGAGUUUAAUGACUACGGCUGCUACUGCGGCUACGGAGGCAGUGGGACACCCGUGGAUGAACUGGACAGGUGCUGUCAAACACACGAUGAAUGCUACACCAAGGCAAAGUCGGUGUGUGCCGCCUCCAAUGAUACCCCCUACACCAAGACAUACAAAUACUCUUGCAAGAACAAGGAGAUCACGUGUAGCAGUGCCAACAACGAGUGCGAGUUGCUCGUCUGUAACUGCGACCGCACGGCCGCCAUGUGCUUCGCCAAGGCACCGUAUAACAGCGCUCACCUCCACCUGGACAAGAAGAAAUACUGCAGCAGUUAA